AUGGCUGAUCAAGACUCGAAAAAUGGUCCUUCCAUCCCCGAAUGGCAACAGAAAUACCACCAAGCCUCCAAAGAGAAAAGCACUUCCAGCGAAGCCCAACCUUCUCCCAGCGAUAACCCGACACCACCUUCUUCAUCUUCAGAACUGCCCCUUCUUGAACAGGCCCGUAAAUUCCUCGAUGACGAAUCGAUACGAGAUGCCCCGAUGGAACACAAGCUCGCUUUCCUUCAAAAGAAGGGUGUACGGCCCGACGACAUAGAGCAGCUACUUGGUUCAGAACGGACGUCUUCCGCCUCCCUCUCUACUUCUAAUGACUCUCUCGAAUUGAAGAAUAUACACGACAGCAGCGAAAAACCAAGUGAAAGGGAGCAAGAGAUGAAAGCGACAUCCACUAGCUCUAGCGAGCUACCACAGGCGGCUACUGUUGCACCCAAGCGAGAGAUUCCGCCGAUUAUCACAUACCCAGAAUUCCUUCUAAAACCACAGAAGCCUCCUCCACUCGUGACCGUGGAGCGGCUCGCCCACGCAGCCUCCGCAUUCGCCGGUAUUUCAGCAUUGACAUAUGCCGCGCGUCAAUACAUCGUGCAACCGAUGCUGGAAUCCUUGACCGAGGCGCGGCACGAGCUAGCUGAAGGUACCAAAGCAGACCUAGAGACGCUCAACACAAAGCUGGAGUCCACGGUGUCUCGCAUUCCCUACAUCGCCAGCAGUAUAAUACUACAAAGGAAGAAGGACCAGGGAGAUGAACUUGAAUCCGUCGACUCCGAUCCGACCGAACUAUUCCAUCGCGACAUCGCGACACAAACCUCGCCUCAGCACUCUCGCUCCAUGUCCCUCUCCUCCCAGGACCUUCCGGCCCCAGAUCCAACCACCUCGCAGUCCUCACGCUUGCGUUCUCUGCAUGGAACGCUCUCGUCCCUCCUCACCUCAACUACCACACAUUUCUCGCAGGAUCAGCUGAAGGAGCAAAUGAGCGAGUUCCAAGGCGUGCUCACAAAACUAGAAGCAAGCUACGACCCAUUCCAGGUCGACUACGGGAGCACAUUUUCUAGCUACAGCAACGGAGCAUUAUCCGGUGACGACAAGAAUAAGACCAAGAAGGCACCGGACAGCGAAAUGACCAAGUUCAAGAACGAAAUUCGCUCUCUGAAGGGUGCGUUCUUGAGUUCUAGGAAUUUCCCUGCGGCCAGACCUACGGCACCGUUCGCACUCCCGACGAGAUGA